GCUGCUGCGGCGACAGUCAGCAGGAGCCACACACACACACACAUAUGGAUAGUGUUGCAGUUUGUGGACACACUUCCGACAACAGUUAUCUUUUUGUCCAACAAACGGAUAUUGCUCCACCUGAGGCAACCGGACCAGAAGAUCUUCUGCUGCCCUGUCUGGAAGAUCAUCCUCACUGAACCUGGAUCAGCUCACUUCCUCUUCUCCUUCAUCCCAUCAGUAGACUAGAGGACGAACUGCUUUCUGGAGCAGCCGUGGAUCAACGCAGAAAGAGGGGCACCUCACAUGGGAGUGUGUGACCGUGUGUGUGAGGGUGUGUGUUCAGGCCUCCUGCCGUCGCCCGCUCUUCCCAGACAGGCAUGGCGGGAGUCCGAGAGCGCGGCUCCCGGAUACAGAGGCCGUGGUCUGUGUACCGGGCCAGCACGUUCGAGCUGUCCAGCGAGAUGAUCGGCUUGGCUCUCGCAGGAAACAGUCAGGACCCAGAUGAGCCUGUGCUUGAGUUCAGCGUCUCCUGCACAGACCUGCUGACUCCUGCUUUGGACCGAAAACCCAACAGCUUUGUAGCAGUGAGCUGCACGACACCACCGCAGGCCUUCUGGACCAAACACGCCCAGACGGAAGUCAUAGAGGGCACCAGUAACCCCAUCUUCCUCAGCAGCAUCGCCUUCUUCCAGGAGUCCAACAUCAACCAGCAGACGCAGGUGAAGCUGGCCGUCUAUGACGUCAAGGACCGCUCGCAGGGCACGAUGUACAUGUUGGGCUCAGCACUUUUUCCUGUUAAGGAGUUGUUGCAGGAGAGGAGCCACAGAUUACAGCUCGAACUGAGAUCAGCAGAGAACGAGCGGGUGGGGAACAUCAUCAUCGCUGCGUGGCAGAUGGAGGAGAGAGCAGAUCAGAGGAUGUCGGUCGGCCGCCUGCCAGACAGCAUCAACAGGCGGACGGUGCUGCCGGUUGACGAGAGCCUCACAGAGUCGAUGGGAGUCCGGAUCAAGUACGCCUCGCUAUGCAAAGACACGCUGCUGCGCUCAGUGUUUGGAGGCACGAUGUCCAGGAUGUACCGCUUCCCCACGACUGAUGGGAACCACCUCCGGGUGCUGGAGCAAAUGGCUGAGAGCGUCCUCUCAUUAAACAUCCCCAGACAGUUUGUCAAGCUGCUGCUGGAGGAGGACGCGGCCAGGGUGUGUGAGCUGGAGGAGCUGGGAGAGUUAUCACCCUGCUGGGAGAAUCUGCGGCGACAGAUUGUCUCUCAGUACCAGACCAUAAUACUCACAUACCAGGAAACACUGUCCGACCUCAACGACUACAGAGGUCCAUCGUUCAAAGCCAGCAACCUGAAGGCAGAGAGGAAGCUUGAGUUCAUGCCAACCAACCUACACGUUCAGAGGAUGAGGGUGCAGGAUGAGCUGGGCUUUGAACACACCUACGAUGUGAUAACAAUCGGAGCUCCGGCGGCUCACUGCCAGGGCUUUAAAAACAGCGGCUUGCGGAAACUCAUCCAGAAGUUUGAGGAGGCGAAGAAACACAGCGCCCUCUCCAGCUCGCAGUCCAUCGUCUACAUACCCCAGGACAUCGUCCGAGCCAAAGAGAUCAUCGCCCACAUCAACACGCUGAAGACUCAGGUCAGCUACUACGCUGAGAGGCUUUCCCGAGCCGCCAAGGACCGAUCUGCUAGCGGACUGGAGAGGACGCUCGCUAUCCUGGCUGAUAAGACUCGUCAGCUGGUGACGGUAUGCGACUGUAAGCUGCUGGCUUCAGCCAUCCAGGCCCUGAACGCAGCACGGCCUGAGUACAUCGCCUCCAAAGCGUCUCCCUCCGCUGAGUCAGAACAAGUAGUCCUACGGAACGACCAGGACACGCUGCUCGCCAAGUGGAGCGGUUGCAACAGCCGAUCAUCGCUGCACGUAGACUGGCAUGAAGAGGAGUGGGAGAAGGUUUGGGUGAAUGUGGAUAAAUCUCUGGAGUGCAUCAUACAGCGUGUCGACAAGCUGCUUCAGAAGGAGAGGAGGCCCAGCCUCAGCAGUCAGGACGGGACCCUGACUGACCUCCUGGGCGGUGCCAGUAAGAAAGAUGAAGGAAAAAGACGAGCUUUCUGGAUCAACCCAGGGAGUUCAUCACAGGAAUCACCAUCAUUACCAUCCUCUUCAUCACCUCCACGAUCAUCCUCACCACCACCAUCCUCUUCCUCCAUGCCCGCCCUCUCCUCUGCACAAGAAUCCUAUGGAAGCCCCAGUGCUGAGGAGGCGUACCCAGGCGAGUGGAGCGAGGCGUUGUACCCUCUCCUCACCACGCUCACUGAGUGCGUCGCCAUGAUGAGCGAUAAGGCCAAAAAGUCCAUGGUGUUCCUGCUGAUGCAGGACAGCGCCCCGACGAUAGCCAUGGACCUGACGCUGCAGUACCGCCGCGACGUCGUCUUCUGCCAGACACUCACUGCUCUCAUCUGCGGCUUCAUUAUCAAACUGAGGAACUGUCUCCGUGACAACGGAUUCCUCCGACAGCUCUACACCAUCGGCCUGCUGGCUCAGUUUGAGUCCCUGCUCAGCACCUACGGAGAGGAGCUGGCCAUGUUGGAGGACAUGAGUGUCGGCAUCAUGGAUCUCCGCAACGUCACCUUUAAGGUGACCCAGGCCACCGGCAGCUCCGCCCCCGAUAUGUUGCCGAUCAUCACAGGUAACCGUGACGGCUUCAACGUCCGCAUCCCGCUGCCGGGAACCAUGUUCGACGCGUUGCCGCGGGAGAUCCAGAGCGGCAUGCUGCUGAGGGUCCAGCCGGUGCACUUCAACGUCGGCAUCAACGAGCAGCAGACGCUGGCUGAGAAGUUUGGAGACACAUCCCUGCAGGAGAUCAUUAACUUGGAGAGUCUCUCCAGGCUGAAUUCAUACUAUGAACAGUUCAAAGAAGUCCUGCCUGAAGACUGCCUCCCGAGGUCUCGUUCUCAGACUUGUCUCCCUGAGCUGCUGAGGUUUCUGGGGCAGAACGUCCACGCCAGGAAAAACAAGAACGUGGACAUCCUGUGGCAGGCAGCUGAGAUCUGCCGCCGGCUGAACGGGGUUCGUUUCACCAGCUGCAAAAGCGCCAAAGACCGCACGGCCAUGUCGGUGACCCUGGAGCAGUGCCUGAUCCUGCAGCACGAGCACGGCAUGGCGCCGCAGGUCUUCACGCAGGCCCUCGACUGUAUGCGCAGCGAGGGUUGCAGACGAGAAAACACCGUGAAGAACGUCGGAUGCCGAAAGUACGCAUUUAACUCGCUGCAACUCAAGGCCUUCCCCAAACAUUACCGACCACCUGAUGGCACCUUCGGGAAAGUCGAAACCUGAUUGGACCACAGGGAGCUCUGUGUCGGAGACAUUAUUGGACAGUACAGCUGCUGUGUUUUGGGAAAGCCGAGAUCAGACUGGGUACAAUCAAGACACUGUGUUCAGACCAUCAUGUCAGAUUUGUACCACCUUAGUAUAAUAACUGUUUUUAGGUACUGUAUUAGUAUGCCAUGUUAUGCAUAACACGCUGAUACAAGAUGGUUUUUCCUGGUAGCAGUCCAGCUUUUAGUUUUCUCAGUUUUUAUUUCUUAUUAUAAAAAUGAACGUGAACAGCACUGCCUCACCCCUGAUCAAGCACUGAUGUAAUCAAUGAUAACCACACGGACCUUUACAAUGUGAAUCAAGAGACAAAUCAUUAAAACCAUGUUUGAAUUCAAAGAUACAUAAAUAAAACAGAUAGUUAUCCAAUGUCAAACUGCAGUAUUUGGACAGAUUUGUUCCUUACACCAGCCAGCGUCUGUCUGCAGUCAGGAUUUCUUCCACAGACGCCUUAUAUGAAAUAUGAGCUAAAUAUUUUGGAGAGAAAAAGACAAGGUUUGUUAUUCUAUAUUUUUAUGCCUCCGUGCUGGCACUAGCGGUGGCCAGAGGCAUUAUGUUUUCAGGUUGUACGUCCAUCAGUCCCAUUCUUGUGAAAUCCAGAACACCUUGGGUUAAUUUCAAAAAAUUUGGCACAAACGUCCACUUUGAGUCAAGGAUUAGAAUUUCUGAUUUUUCUGAUUAGAAUUUGGUGGUGUAAAGUCAAAGGUCAAGGUCACUGUGAGUCAACACAGUUUCUCAAGAACACCUUGAGGUAAUUUCUUCAAAUUUGGCACAAAUGUCCACUUGGACGCAAGGAUGUUCUCAUUUUAAUUUGGUGGCCAGAGGUUAAAGGUCAAGGUCACUGUGACCCCACAAUACAUAAUUUUUGACCACAACUCAAGAAUUCUUGAACUAAUUGUGACAAACUUCACAAAAACGUCUAAUAGGAUGAAUUCAUGAAGUGAUGUAAUUUUGUGUCCACUAAGUCAAAGCGAUAUCUCCAGAAUGCCUUGUUUUAAUUUCUUAAAAUUUGGCACAAACGUCCACUUUGAGUCAAGGAUCAACUGAUUAGAAUUUGGUAGUCUAAAGUCAAAGGUCAAGGUCAUUGUGACCUCGUCUGUCACAUUCUCGUUAACACAGUAUCUUAAGAACACCAUGAGGUAAUUUCUUGAACUUCGGUACAAAUGUCCACUUGGACUCAAAGAUGAUCUCAUUUUAAUUUGGUGGCUGAAGGUUAAAGGUCAAGGUCACUGUGACCCCACAAUACAUAAUUUUUGACCACAACUCAAGAAUUCUUGAACUAAUUAUGACAAACUUCACAAAAACGUCUAAUAGGAUGAAAUGAUGAAGUGAUGUAAUUUUGUGUCCACUAAGUCAAAGCGAUAUCUCCAGAACGCCUUGUUUUAAUUUCUUAAAAUUUGGCACAAACGUCCACUUUGAGUCAAGGAUCAACUGAUUGGAAUUUGGUGGUCUAAAGUCAAAGGUCAAGGUCACUAUGACCUCUUCUGUCGCAUUCUUGUGAACACAGUUUCUCAAGCACAAAUGUCCACUUGGACUCAAGGAUGUUCUCAUUUUAAUUUGGUGGCUGAAGGUUAAAGGUCAAGGUCACAGUGACCCCACAAUACAUGAUUUUUGACCAUAACUCAAGAAUUCUUGAACUAAUUAUGACAAAAUGUCAUUUUGUGUCCACUAGGUCAAAGGUCAACUUCACAGUCACAAGCAAAAAGUUUUUACAGGUGCAAGAACCAGACAGGAGAUCCGCACAUGUGCAACGUUUUGAUCUAGCAGAGAUCCUCGUCAGGAUUUCAAAAUGCCUGAUGAGGACUGAAACGUUGCACGAUUAAAACCAGUGGGAGCUUUCCAUACAGUGUGCAGAUUUCCUGUCUGGUUUCAACCUCACGAUGACAUUGUAAUGUUCUGCAAAAAUACUAUCUGAUCAUUAUUCACCAUCAUAUCUCAGGAACAGAAGUGGAGACAUUUGGUCAGUCUUGGGUGUCCCCCUUGAAUUGGCUGAUUGUAUAGAUCUUUUGUGCUGCCGGGGAAGAAGGCGUGUGUCAAGCGUUCAUGUUUUCACAGACAUGGAUGUGAAUUGAACUUGACUGGUGCUCCGAGGCAUACAACCGCAAAGCGUUAAUUCUAGUUUUACACAGGAUUUAUUGACAAAAAGAUAAAACAUUGAUGGCCUUAUCCUUGUAGGAGUUGCCACUUCAGACUGAAAUGUUGCUAGAAAAUUUCCUGCUCUUUAUAUAUCCUCACAUUUCCAUUUCCAUAGCCUUGAAACACACUGAUCUAAGAGAUAUAGCACUAUCUACAUAAAGCAAAAAACCACUGGAACGCUUCAAACCCUGAAGGAGCAAAACAUUGAAUCAGAAAGUCACGUAGUUGAUGGUGAUCAUGAAACAUUACAGCUUGUUUAAGGACAAAGAGGAUGGCUGUAGGAGCUGCAAACUGGACUGAAAUUCAGAAUAAUGUCGAAAUAUUUUUUUUAAAGUCUGCAAGAGUGUCAAGGAAAAGCUUCCAAAUUUGAAAUUGUAGUUUAAAAUAAACUUGACUGAUCCUAGUUGGAGAUAUUGUGAUCAGAGUGUGACAUUUUUAUUUCUAAUUUAAGACAAGAAGCAUGUGGCAUUGACAAAAUAAGGUUUUAAAGUAUGAAUCAGAUCUGAGGCGUGGUGGGCAUUUCCUUCGCUGAGGUCAAAGGGGAACAUGUUUGCAUUACUUGCCGUUAUUUUCCUCACUCUCCCCUCACUGUCUGCCACGUAUAUUUGCAAUUACCUCUUUGCACCACACAGGGGAGUCACUGCUCUUCACUUAAUGUGAAUACACUCCUGUAAAACCACAUCACAGCUCCAUGUGUGAUUAAUGCAUCAUUGCUGAUGGCAAUCCGACUGCAAACGACGUAGAAAAACCAUUCUUCUGUUGUAUUUACAUGUUUUAUUCAUUAAUCUUAUAAGUACUUUUUGUUCUGUCAACAUGCUGUGUUGCAAAUUUGGCAUUUUAUUUGAAAUUACAAUACUUUCUGAGAGCAUCUGUGAAGGUUUGAAUGUUGCUGUGUAUCAUAACUUGUCAAUAUCUGAUGCUGAAAUAAAUACAAAAUGGA